AUGAAAUAGCACCUUUAUUUAACAUAUGUAACAAGUUAUUUCGUGCAGCUCAAGUUGAAUUUAUUAUAACAUAAAAACAAAAAUAGAACGUGUAUUCCAUCGUUUUUGUCGUAAACUUUAUUAAUUCUUUGCAGAAUAUAGUUUUGAGAUAUGUCGAUAAAUAUUAUAAAAAAUAAUUUAUCGAAAUCGCUUGCGAAACAUUUGCAAAGUGUUCCUUUAAAUAGAAGCUUUACGGAAAUGUCACCUACAUAUAAAACGUUAGCAGUGUCUGUUCCGAAACCAUUUGUUUACAUGGUCAAGUUGAAUAGACCUGAGAAAUUAAAUUCCAUAAGUCCGGCUAUGUGGCAAGAAUUUGGGACGUGUUUCAACGAAUUGGCAGUAAAUCCAGAUUGCAGAGUAAUUAUCUUAUCAGGUGCUGGCAGAGCAUUCUGUGCAGGGAUUGAUCUGCAGGGUAUGGUAGAAUUGGGCCAAAGUAUAGCGCAACAUGAAGACAUUGCACGUAAGUGCAGGGUUUUGGAGCUUAAGAUCAAAGAGUAUCAAGAUUCAUUUAGUGCCGUGGAGAAGUGUCCGAAGCCUGUGAUAGCUGCUGUACAUGGUGCAUGCAUCGGCGCAGGUGUGGAUAUGAUAUCUGCAGCCGACAUACGUUAUGCUUCCUCUAAUGCAUUCUUUCAAAUAAAGGAAGUUGAUAUAGGAAUGGCAGCCGACGUGGGUACCCUUCAGAGAUUUCCAAAAGUUGUAGGAUCUGACAGUUUGGUAAAGGAGCUUGUUUACACAGCACGGAAAUAUCCUGCGGCCGAGGCAUUAGAAAGCGGAUUUAUAAGUCGCAUGUUUGAUAAUGAAGAAAGUUUAUUAAGUAAAUCAAUAGAAAUUGCUGAGGACAUUGCGAACAAAAGUCCGGUUGCAGUACAAGUUUCUAAGAAGAGCAUGAUAUAUUCCAGAGAUCAUUCCGUUCAGGAAGGAUUGGAUCAUAUCGUGACAAGUAACAGCGCAAUGCUUCAAAGUGAAGAUUUCAUAAAUGCAGUUAUGUCACAAGCUACUAAAGGUGAUCGUCCAGUAUUUUCAAAGUUGUGAAUUAUAAUAUAAACUAUAUGUGUACAUAUAUAUAUGCAGGGUGUCUCAGAACUUCGGAACCGCCGGUUAAUGGCGUAUAGUUUGGACUUACAGGAGACGGCAAAAUGGUAACAGGACUUUUCUACUCACAAUCAGCUAAGUCCAAACUAUACACCGGCGCAAACUAUAUUCCUGGAGUUCUGAGACACCCUGUAUAUGUGUAUAUAUAACGUAUAUAUGUUUUUUACAUUGUACCUUAUACAUGUAUAAUAAGAAUGUAAACUUAUUUUGCAUAUGGAAACGUAUUAAUGUAAAAUAUGGAAAGUGUAUUGUUACAACUUGUUUAAUAAAACAAUUUUGAUAUGAUAUGAAAA